AUGCAUUCUCGACUAGCAGAGCGCCAGGCCCUGGAAGAAAGCCAGAAGCAGGCGCUGGACCUGAUAAAAGAAGCCUACUCCGCGAUAGAGGAACCUGAUGCGACCACAGAGAACGGAAGGUUUCGAAUCAGGCUCAAGGCGCUGUGGACCCCGGCGUCGGAGACGGUUUACCAAUAUUCGCAAGUUCUCGACCUGAUGGCGGGACAGGCCCCGGAGUACGUGGCCCUCGCAUACGGGGCGAUCAAGAUCCUGCUGACCGUCCAGAUCAACCACCAGGAAGCAAAGGAGAAGAUCCAGCAGUAUCUGAAACGGAUAACGGCGGGAUUUGAGCUCACCGACCAUCUUCUGGGCUACAUGCCUACUGCCAGGCUCAUCGCGGAGUUAUCUCAGGCCUACAACCUUUUCGUCAAAUUCCAACUGUAUUCUUUUACCGGACAAUGCUGA